AUUAACUUAUGCACAAUUAAACAUAUCCGAUCAAUAUUCUCCUUCAAAUAAUUCAACCAGACUAAAUGAUAUCAGCUGUAAUUAAUCAAUAGUUUGGAAUAGUAUAUAUUAGCACUGACAGGCUACAUACCAUAAAAUAUUGUAUAUCUAACUGCCUAAGUUUUAUUCACGCUUUUCGUUAGAAAAAAGGCAUUUAUUUUUGUUUUUCUUUAAUACAUUCUGUUGAUGAUUCAUUGCCUUGGAUUAUCAAUAGGAUGAAGAUUAUUUUAACGUUAUCUUCAUAAAUCAUUUUCACUAUUAUUAUGAUGAUGACUUCUUCAACUGAAAAAAACAUUCAUAGUCCUAGUCUAUGCAGUUCAUGCAGCCUGACAGAGAAAUAUUAUUUCGAAUCGGCAGUACAAGGUAUGGUAUUUAAUAUAAGUAAAGACGAAAAUCCUCUGCACAUGGAUAAUUCUGAAAUAAUUUCUGAUAAUCCCGGUGAUGAAGAAGAUGGAAUCUAUGACUAUGUCAUGAAUGAAGAAUAUAGGCAGAAAGAACAACAAAAUGAGGAACUAAUUAACCACACAAAAUCAUUUGAUUGCUCAAAUGACAACAAAGAAUCUACUGUGCCUAAAGAAGACUUGAAAAUUUCGUUAAAUCAGAAGAAGUUGAUAAGUACUCAGUGGGAUGAAAUGAAACCAUAUAGCACAAGUGAUCAUAAUGAUGGCGAAGAUAUAUCAUCCGAGAUUGGUGUUGACAUCUACAACGUCGAUGGUCAAUCAAGACUUGUCUGUAACAUAUCUACAAGUGAAGAGACUCCAUUAAGUUUCCCUUUAGUAAAAGCGUAUUAUUGUGACAGCUCUGGAACUGGUCGAUGUAGUUAUGUUAGCAGGAUUCCUAGUCAGGAUAUGGAUAAUUAUGUUGCUAUUGAUAAUGACGAAAACAAAUAUGUCCUCUCAAAUAGUCUAGACAAAAAGACAGUUUAUGAUCAAGAAGCCCAGAAUGAAAACUCACCUAGUAUUAAUUACAUCAAGGAGAAAUCUUUGCAUAGAUGUGUAUCACAGAGUGCAAUUUCUGACUGCAAGUCAUCUGUGAAACUAGAUUCUCACUGUGGAUAUAGUUCAUCCUACAAUCCACUUAAAAUACCUUCAUCAGUAUUAUCAUGGCCUAUGCCUGUACCGUUCAGACUGCUAACUUCACAUACAACCCAUCCUGCAUUAGAAAUUACCAGUCUGUUUAAGUAUAGAAUUAAUUAUCCAUUUUUAGUUCAAUGGGUUCAAACAUUAUUGCAUAUCUAUUUAAAAUGGCGAACUGGUGAGAAAAUUCCGGAUAAUUCAGCUAUACAAAAUGCAAGACAAUCUGUUAAUCACUUCUUAGAAUUAGUAAUUAAAAAGAAAAUCUACAAAUCAAAACGAAACUACAAACGUUUAGUUGAAGUUAAUGGUGAUAAAUAUAACACUACUGACAAUCUGCAUGAUGCUGAAGCUGUACCGAAUGAAAAUCUCCGAUGUUCAAUAUUGAAUUUAAUUUUAGAUGGUGAAAUUGAAAACCCUGAAAUAUUUGAAAAUCAACUAUGGAAACGACGCUACUACAAUCUGCUGAAUGCAGUUGAUUUCGUGUAUAAAGACUAUCAGUUAUUGCAUUAUGUUUGCAGGGAAGGUCUGUUUGACUAUGUUUCAUGUAAUCCAAAUACUUCGAGUGACUCUAAUUAUAAAUGGCAUGAUGGCGGCAAUGUUGACAAAAAUACAGAAAAGAUGGCUAAUCAUGCAUUGACUGGCUCUGAUCCCAUCGGUUAUUUGGCAUAUAAGAUAACACAACUUUUAUUAUUAGAAAAGAAAUCGAAAUCCACAGGAGGUCAGAAUAAUCUGAAUCAAUGGCCUUGUUGUCUAAGCAUAUCAGUAGCCUUCCUGAGUGAUAUAAUUGCACAAAGUCGUAUACUACGAAAUGAUUUGGAACACAGGUUAGCGAUUCAUGAUCGUCUAGUGUAUGUACUAGGACAAGCCAGGGAUCAACGAACUAAACUGAGACUUCAUAUGCAUAAACAGAAUGAAAUUAUCACUGAAUUAACGCAUAAACUAAAUCUAAAUCAACAAAAGAUCAAUCAGUUAUCUGCACCGAUCACUGGAAGUGUUGAUAUCCCGUCUUCUGUAAGGAAAGAUAACUUUUCUUCAGCAAUUACAAGUCCAUUUAUCGAUACAGAAUAUCCUCCGAAUGAACUAAUGACAUCAGAUUCACCAAAAAGUCUGUAUACUUUUAACAAGAAAGAUGGACAACAAGACAAUGACAGACAAAAAUUGUUAGAAUUAGAACAAAAAGUAAUUGAAUUACAACAUCAAAUUGCUUCGUUUGAGAGAGUAUUAAAAGAGGAAGAAGCCUACCGUAAACGUAUACAUAAUUAUAUACAAGAAUUAGUGGGUAAUAUUCGUGUAUUUUGUCGGUUAAGACCAGGUAAUAAUAAUACCAAGUUUAAGAAUACUACAAGUGGUUAUGAAAAUGUGAAAAGUUCAUUCAGUGUUCAAAAAAACUAUUUAAGCGUUAAUUCGAAUGACAAAUUACUAUUCUGCACAGAAACAAUACGUGAUUACAUUAGAAAGCAACAGCAAUGUCAACAACAAAAUCAGAUCAAUUCAUCCGGAUUGUUCAACAAUCUCAAAAGUAUACCAGGUGUCGGUGUCAAUGGCAUUAGUCCCAGUGGAGUUGCAUUUUUAACGCAUACGAACAUCCCCAGAUGUUUUAUAUUUGAUCAUGUUUUCGGUCCCGAAGCUCAACAGAAGGAUAUAUUUAAUGAAAUCGAGGAUUUAAUUAUCUCUAGUUUAGAUGGAUAUAAUGUCUGUAUAAUGGCUUAUGGUCAGACAGGCAGUGGCAAGACGUAUACAAUGAUGGGUACUAAAGAAGAACCAGGUGUGAAUAGAAGAGCUAUCAAACACCUAUUCGAUAGUUGUUAUAAGCGUAGACACUGGAAGUAUACUAUAACAAUGAGUAUGGUGGAAAUUUAUCAAGAAGAUGUCUACGAUCUCUUAUCGAAUGAUAUUUCAAUCUCUGUCAAUUCAAACGAUAAUGGGCACAGAGAAAACAGCAAUGAGAGAAAAACGGAUCCAUCAGUUGGCAUCAUAUCACGCAGUAUAACGAAGCUCAAUCGUAGCAACAAAAAGCUAUCAAAGUCCAGUCGACCGUUAUUGCCAUGGAAUACAUGGAUCAAUACUGUAAGCACACAACAUUCCAAAUCUCGAUAUACACUUUAUAAUCAACAACAGUCACGUCAGCGUAAUUCUGUACGCAUACUGACCAAUGAAACCGAUGAGCUGAUAUUUAAAAAUCUUAAGGAACAUCUUAUCACUAGUGAAGAUGAAAUGUUGUAUUAUUUAGAAAAAGCUGAAAAACAACGCCAUGUUGGUUGUACACAAUUGAAUAUUAGUAGUUCAAGGUCACACUUAAUUAUUCUGCUAAAAGUUCAUGGUGAAAAUCAUUUACAUAAUAUAACUAGUCAUGGUGCACUAACCUUAGCUGAUCUAGCUGGAUCUGAAAAUGUCACAAAGUCCGGAUCAACUGGUGAGCGAUUUUUAGAGGCAGCUUGUAUUAACAAAUCACUAAGCUCAUUAGGUCGUGUAUUUGAUGCCUUGAGACGACAACAGAAACCCACCUACAGGGAAUCAAAAUUAACAUAUCUCUUAAAACCAAAUUUAAGCGGUGAUUCCAAGUGCUUACUAUUAGUCACCUUACGGACUGAACCAGAGCAUGCUGAGGAAACGUGGCGUGCAAUACACUUUGGACAAAGUGCUCUACAAGUUGUACCUGGUAGGCAGAGAGACAGCCGAAAUCGACAUCAUCAACACUAUCAUUAUCAGUAUCAACACAGUCAUCCUUCAAACAAUCACCAUCAGUCAAUAAAUACACCCAGUUCAACAAAUAUCUCACUGCAUAUUAAUAGUGGUUUAAUGAGUCCUGCAUCCUUGCUUAGCUCUGUAAGAGCAGGGCAGAAUGAUAAGUUAGCUUCAGUUAAAAAGCGUAGGACACUUCUUUCACAUUCUAUAUACUCAACUGAUUUGGAGAAACGUAAAACAUGGAAGUAGAAUUAUGGAAAGAUGACGAUAAAAGGUGCCCACAGAAAACUGAUAAUAUUAUAUUGUUGAUGUUUUGUUUUAUACCGGAAAACGCUACUCAUUUCUUCUGAACAUUUUUAUUUUAUGUCUACAAUUAUUUAAUAACAACUGGUCAUUACUUUGUCUCAAUCCCUGAUUUUGAUUAAACUAAGCGAAAAGAAAGAUUUUGUAGACCAUGAAUCCAAAUACCUUAUUCUUCCGUGAUCAUGUCAAUAAGCUAUGCCAACAGGUUGCAUGCAUAUCAGUAUAACAUGUUUGUUAUUUUGCAAACGUCUAAAGUUGCAGUCCAUUAUAUUAAUCUAGAUGCUCAUGUACAGUUAGUCUUCAUCUCUUUGUCUGCAUUACAUUUCGGUCAAUUGCAUAAUCACAUAUUCGACUGUAUGAAAUCAGAAUGCUUAAGAAUUCAUAUAGCUCAGCUUAUUGACGUAUGACUUGCGGAAUUUCAUACAAAUUGAACGAUUUUGUUAAAUCCCACCAGUUAUCCCCUUCGCCGUGCAUGUGUGUGUAUUUUUAUUUACUUUUUUGUAUCUUCAAAGAAUUUAUGUAAGCGGGCAAAACAAAAAGGAAUAGUUACAAGUCAGACAUAUUUUAUAUGCAUAUAAGUGUAUUUCAUUUUGAAUUCUUAAAGAAUAAAUUAUAAAUACAUGACAGUGCAUAUGGUUG